UUCCUAGGCGUACAAAAACGGAGAGAACAACUCAAGAGCAGCUGCAACAUUACAUAAUGUUUUGCAAGCAGCAUCCUGAGUUGCAACGCGGGAAGCUAACUCCGACCAACCCUCAAGGGCUGCAAAUACUUUGGUCGGAGUUAGCAGACAAUUUAAAUGCCUUAAGAGGCCCAACUCGGUCGGCAGCCAAGUGGAAGGAGUCAUUAAUGCAUUGGAAACACCAGUUGCGAUCGCGAGCGCGCAAACUGAAAACACAUGCGCAAGCGACUGGUGGAGGCCCUCCGAUAAGUGGAAUGACUCCAUUCGAGGAGCAAGCCAUAACAACAUUUGGGGCAGCAGCGGUAGAUGGAUUGCCGGGUGUUGCGACUUUGGGUCAUCAGGUUUUGCCGUUGUAUAUAAAUACACUUGAAGCUCCAGCUUCCUCGCCAACACCAACAGUCGCAUCGCCUGCUCCAGCACCCUCACUAGCAGUCGCAUCGCCUGUUCCAGCAUCUUCACUAGCAGUCACAUCGCCUGCUCCAGCUUUUCCUGCUUUAUCAAACAAUUUUUCUUCCUCGCCAUCACCUCAUUUUUCUUCUUCACCAUCACCUCCAUCUUCUUCCUUAUCUCCUCCCAUAUUAUCUUCUUCUAUGCCGUCGCCUUCUUAUAUCCCUCCCGAAAAAUUGACUGCAGCGAAGAUGCUUGGAACAGUGCUGAAAAAAAUGGAGGACAGAGAAAAGCGAGAGGAGGAGGCCAUUGCUCUACAAAGGCAAAUUGUAGAGCAAAAUGCGCAGAUGACAGGGGUGCUGACUCAAAUGACACAGGCACUAACCUCGCUGUCAGAGGUUAUGGCUAAGUUGUCCCAAAAAUUGGAUAAAUAAUAAUAAAAAUGUAAAAAAUGAAAUAGAAAUGUAAAAAAUUAAAUAAAAAUGUAAAAAAUGAAAUAGAAAUGUAAAAAAUGAAA